AGUCGCCCGAACGGCUGGUGAGAGUGCGCGUGCUUUUCUUUACUCACAGAAACGCUCACUUAAAGCAGAAACAUGAUCACUCCUCCAAAAGUCCAAAUCAUAGCACAUUUAGAGGUCAUUGGUGGAAGAUUCGCCAAGAUUCAGUCAUCAAGAGCCAAAGGGGCUGUUUUGAUCGUUGACCAUACACAGACUAAUGAGCAAGACUCGACUGUGCACUUAAUCUCAAGCAGCGAAGACAAAAAUGUCUAUGUGGCAAUCUGCUUGAGGAUGAAAGACAAUAUAUAUUAUCCUGUAGUAGAGCGGGACACGGUCACAGAAAGUGUCUCAAUGAGGCUUGAGCCCACAACCAAGCCACUGGCCGAAUUCCCUAAGAGAUACCUGUUUAAAUGGGAUUCAAAUGGUCAGUUUGGCAGCCUCUGCUCAAUGGAAGAACCUGGACAAUAUCUGGCUGUUAAAGACAGCAUCAUCAUCCUCAGCUCCCUUCGAGACGAAAGUUUCAGAAUUAAUCUAAACAAUGUGGAAAGCAAUAAGAUUGUCAGUUUCCAACCUUAUAUCUCAAAGCCUCAUUUUAUCAUUUGUAAGAGGCUCACAUAUACAGACACGAUGGAAGACAACGAAAUUCCACUGUCGCCACCAUGUAUAUAUGGGGGUUUGAAGGAAGGCACAAAGGACUUUUUUCGUGAAUGGCAAACAUAGCUAAACUAUUGUAACAUAUUUUGUUGGAAAUUUUAGUCAUAGCAUUAUGAUUACAUACUACAAUUGUGAUGAUAAUAAUAAUGGUGAUGAUGUAACAUACUAUCAUGUGGCAUUGUAAAUAUUUUUUUUUUAUUAUGUAAACCGUAGAAAUAUAAAAAUUAUGAAAUGCUGUAUGUAUAUAUCUUCAUUUUUAAGACAUCCACAAUCACUUUUUUUUUUUACUAGACUUAAAUACAUGUCUUUUUUUUUUAUUAGAAAGGAAU